GCCUGCAAAGCAGGAUUACCCAAACCCCUACUGCCCCUACUACACUCUCUCACUCUCUCCCUUUAUCUGUUUCUCUUUUUUCUUUUCUCUAUACUCACUCACUUUCUAACAGACUGGAAGAAAGAAAUACUUUAUAGAACACAGAAGAGGCAGGACAUACAGUCACAGUGAGUCAGACUGCAGGGGAGGACCGGGACCAGGACCAGCUCAGCACCUCUGGCAUUCUCAUUCCCAGUCAUCUUUAGCAGGACACAAACGCAGGAAAUUCCUGACCAGUCUCUCUCUGACACGGACUCAGUCUGACACACACAUGGAGCAGGAGGAGCUGACUGAGAGAGAGCUGACCCUGACGGUGCAGCUUCCCAAAGGACAGGAGGGAGCAGUUGUGGUGCACGGCAGUAAACCAGUGAUGGACCUGCUGGUCGCUCUGUGUGCUCAAUACCACCUGAACCCUUCAGACCACAUCAUUGAGCUGAUUUCCACCAAUCAGAACCAGAUCAAGUUUAAACCCAGUUCUCUGAUUGGCUCCUUGGAAGCUGAGCGGGUUAUACUGAAACCUAAAGGAGGUGAUGACAGUCACAGGAGGGGAUCGAAUAUUCCUGUGCCCACAGUGCGCCUGAUGAUAAACUACAGGAAGUCCCACAAGGCUGUGGUGCGAGUCAAUCCCAGGGUCCCGCUGGCUGAGAUACUGCCUGCAGUGUGUGAAAAGUGUGAAUUCGACCUAGACACCACAGUCUUAUUGAGAGACAGUCAGGCAGAAGACCCGCUCGACCUUACCAAAACACUCAACGACUACGGCAUCAGAGAUCUGUAUGCCAAAGACAUGAAAGUUGUUUCGAAUGCGCCAAGGGACCCAUCAACACCCACCCAUAAUGGUUGCGAGGAGGAAAAGUUGGUGAUGAUUGAGAAACGGCAGCAUGAGAAAGAGAACAAAGGAUUCCUCAGUUUAUUCAGAAGAAGCAAGAAAACAGCUGAAGAGGGUGGAUCCAACCCCAGCAGUGCCCCCACCUCUCCUGCAUGGAAAAAACAGCAUGUGGUUAGUAUGAGCUGUCUCAAGGCCAGCUCACCCACACCCAUGCCAACCGCCGAUAUGCCCAAGAAGAGACGGGCACCGCAGCCUCCCAGCAUGAUGGGGUCCCAGAGCUUCCCCUGCGGACUGAACUCCAGCCAGUCCAUCACUCUGCCAGCUGAUGCAGCUGGUGGUAAUCAGGGUGUGCUUACUCGCGUCUCUUCGACUGAAUCAUCCCUUAAGAGAACCAAGCGAAGAGCACCGCCCCCUCCGUGCACUAGCCCCUCUAUACCAGACUCAUGUGAUAGUGACAAAGAGAGAUCCAAUGUAGGAGCAUAUCAUGACCUCACCUCUUUAGAGGAAGCUCCAGAAGAGGAGGAUGUACAAUCACAUCUGUGUGACAGCUAUUCCAACCAAUCCAGUGAUUUUACUGGCAGUUUGCCCACUCAGUCACCCUCUCUAAUGACCGAGAUCCUCUCUGAAUUCAUGGAUUUAACGAAGGCAGAGAAACAGGAUGAUCUACUAAUUUCCAGCACUGCCACGUAUUUUCCUCCAGCAGAGGACAGUUCUCUGAGGUCUCCAGCCAGUGAUCUGGAUUCUAGUUCCAUAGCACCACCUGGCUGCCAGCUAUGGAGGAACUGCUCCCAGAGAGAAGGCCUCACCACCUUCACUGUGGUGCCCCGCAGAAGGCAGACGAGCCCAAAGCAUUAUGAGGUGCUCAUCACUCUGGAAGCAUCUCAGGCUAAUGAAAAGAUGGAGAUUCCUGAGUGUAUUACCAAAGAUGAUGAGACUCUGGAGUGGAAAAAUACAGAGAUGGAGAAUUUAGUGUCAAAAGAGUUGAAUGAAAAUGAGACAAACACUCAAGAAAAAGGCAACAGUGAGGACCUAGAGGGUAGUGAUGCUCAGCUGGGUAUUCUAGAGUCCAUAAUAAAGGAAUUUGACAAUGUAAAUCUGGACACAGACGUGGAAAAGCAUCUUACAGAACAGAUUGAAGACCCAAUCCUAGUGGAUGAAGAAGAGAAGGACUGGGUGGAAAAGUAUAAAGAGAGGAGAAGGAAAUUUCAAGGAAAUGACAAGAAACCAGUCAAUUUAGACAAAUGGAUGAAGGACUUUGAAGAAAAGUUAGGUUACACAGUUGAGGAUGAGCCAAAGGAGGUGGACAAUGGGUUUUCACCACCGCCACCACCAGCAUGUUCUGUUUACUGGGAACAGGACAUGAGUCUGAGAGGUAUUGAAGAUGGAACCGAGGGAUUCAAGGCAGACAGAGAGGUAGAAGACAAAGAUUCAAGCCUAGAUGAAGAUGAACCCUACCAUGAGCCCAUGGCCUACAAAGUCCUGGACCCAUACCAGGAUUUAAACCAUUUCUCUAACCUCCAUUCUUCUAAAGCCAGUCUUAACUUUGGUGCACCAGAAGUUCCACUUAGUCUUGAGUCACCAGACCAUGUCCAAUCUUCUUACAAGAUUGAUUCCUCCAACACUUUCCAACCUAAUCCUGUGCUCUCCACUGUAGAUUGUCCUCAUAACCACCAAAACCACAGCACUGCUGACCCUCCUUCUCCAGCUCCAGUGUCUCUCUUUGCCUUGGCUGUUGCAAGGAGAGCUCAAACUCUCCAGAAAUGGGGAGUGUCCUCUCAAGCGUCCUGCUCCCAGACCCAGCUAACUGGAGGGUUGUUCCCUCAAAGGUCCAGCCACUGUGUUCCACCUGCUCAAGCUGUGAGAGGACAGGUCUUUGUCUCCCCAUUGACAUAUAUUGCUGAAAAUGGUGUGCGUGGCUGACCUACUGGAAAGAAUAUAAAGAACCCACUUUUGAUGAAGCAUCUUACUGUUAUGUUGAUGAGAAACCUCCUUAGGUCACUGCUUGUUUUUUGUUUGAAUGAUGGUGUGAAUUUAUUUUGAUUAUUAAUAUUUUUGCUGCCAUUUGUUUUCAUUUACUUACAUUCUGAAUGUAAGAUUUUUUUUUUUUGUUUGAGUUUUAGCACCUCUCUUUUGGUAAUUACAAGAAUUCAUGAAGUGCAGUGACUAAAGUUUCUUUUAGUAAUUGAAUAUUAUAGUUUUGUUUUCUGUGCAUAAAUAAAUG